AAACAAGACCCUGGGGUUUUCAACGCUGCUGACGAGACAUGUCUUAUAAAUGUUCACGCCAUACAGAAACCAAUACAUCAUCAUAGUCCAGGUCUUAAAUAAUCCCUGGAAUGAACGUCAUCAUGCUUGACAUUUACGACAGUUUGUCAGAUCUAAACAGGAAAGAGACAAAAGUGAAGACCUAGACUUUUUACCCUGAUGACCCUAAUGCAGCCAAGCAAAGCGGCAUAGUGGCAUGUACGGACUUAAUGUUGAAGGGACCAUGCUCACAUUACACAAUCAUUGUUACCAAGUAGUCGAAUAAUGGGUUGCUCUUGGCGAUGAUUACAAAGUCUAUUAACCAUGCAGCCAUGCUGACAGGGCUAGCUACCGAGACGCCGCCUUCCAUGUUAGACAUGACCGAGACAAGACAGGGUUUCUGCUAACGAAGGUCAUUAUAAGAAGUCGUGAAGAUUUUGUCCUGCCGAAGCUCUUCUAGAACUUUGCCCUUCGAGCUCUUUAGCAUUCUCACCUAAGUCUUAUCUCUAAUUAUCUAUCCCGCGGACUCCACGAUGCGCGCAGCAUUCUUUCCGCUCUACAUACUCGGGGGAGCUUUAGCGACACGGCCAUUUCUGAAUGAGCCCGAUACCGGCUUCGAUGAUGUUUUCGCUGAUUUACCCGCCGGAGAGCUACCGCCCUUAGAAAAAUUAGUGGGAUUGCCGGAUUUCGAUGCUGCUGCGCGGAGACACCUUGCUAUCCAGAACUAUACUUAUUAUCGCAAUGGUGCUGCUGGGGAAUGGUCGUACCGAAAUAACCUUGAGGUCUUCAACAGAUAUAGGAUCAAACCUCGGACUAUGGUGGAUAUCACGAAUAUCGAGUCGACACUCCCGACCACGAUUCUAGGCCACAACUUUUCUGCCCCGUUCUUCAUUAGUCCGUGUGCUCGGGGUGGUUACGGCAACAUCGAUGGAGAGAAAGGUCUCGUUGAAGGCGCUGCCGCUGGGGAUGUCCUAUACAUGAAUGCGCUGUUGGCUAGUCUAACAAUUGAAGAGAUAGCCGCGUUCAAGAAGGACGAUCAGGUUACCUUCCAGCAGGUAUAUCUCGAUUCAAACGAUACCGCUACGAAGGAAUUGUUCCGCCGCGCCGAGCAAACAAACAGCAAAGCCAUCGUAUUCACCGUCGAUUCCGCGGCUGAUGGAAACCGCCAUCGCGCCGCUCGCUGGGGCGUCGGUUCUGCUGACUCCGCAUAUACACUAAUUACUUGGGACUUAUACGACCACCUUACCACUUUGACGGACCUCCCGAUCAUACUCAAGGGCAUUCAGACAGUAGAAGAUGCCCAGGAAGCUAUCAAACACGGUGUGCCCGCUAUAUACUUGUCAAAUCACGGCGGCCGCCAAAUCGAUGGGGCGCGCUCUCCUCUCGAAGUGGCGAUCGACAUCCAUCAACAAGCGCCCGAGAUAUUUUCGCAACUGGAAGUAUUUGCCGAUGGUGGUGUUCGCUACGGCUUCGAUGUUGUGAAGUUGCUCGCCCUGGGAGUUCGCGCUGUGGGGUUGGGUCGCCCCUUUAUGUAUGCUAAUGUGUACGGUACCGACGGGGUUAAGCGUGCGAUCGAACUUUUGAAACAUGAGAUCGCGAUUGAUGCUGCGAACGCGGGAAUUGCGGAUUUGAAGAAAAUAGACCCGAAUAUCGUCGACUGGACGCCAAAUUGGGCUCUUGCUUAGAAAUGGGGAUAACUACUUGGGACGAAUUACUCAUACACUUUUGUACAUACUUUUCCUUCAGCGUUAAUCUGAUCCUCAGCCAUCAUCUGUCCUGCGGAUGACCUUGUCCAAACUGGAUGUGUGGUAGCCGGUGAUUGAGACAUUUAAAGGUCCUUCCUCAACGUGCUGCCGCUUUGCAUUUUUGACAUCCGCCGCUUCUCCUCUUUGUUUGGUGGCUUCCACCACUCGUCCGCCUUUUGCUUUGGGA